AUGGUUGAGUAUGAAGGUUUUGCACUGAAAGAUGAAAACUUGAAGUACCAUGGAGGUUCAACGUGCAUGAGUAUACAUAAUCCCCCAGUCUCCACUAAUCAAUACAGUGGAGCAUUUAUGUGGGUUCAAGGUGGACAAGACCAAGUACAGGUGAAUCCUAGGUUAUAUGGUGAUAACAAGACCCAUUUGUUUGGAUAUUGGACUGCAGAUGACUCUCAAAGGACUGGCUGCUUCAAUGUUAUAUGCAAUGGUUUUAUCCAAGUUAACAGAGAAAUACCCAUUGGUGUAUCUUAUACCAAAACUUCUACCUAUGGUGGUGACAUAUAUGAAGAGGCAACCAUUCUUUUCCAGGAUCAUAACAGUGGAAAUUGGUGGGUAUCAGUUGGAGAAAAUAUGAGUAAUGUUGGGUAUUGGCCAAGAGAAUUAUUCAAUACUAUAAAAGAAUCCGCUCCUGUGGUUGGUUGGAGAGGGGAGGUUUAUGCUCUCCAAGGUGAAAAAACUCCACCAAUGGGGACUGGACGGUACAAAUUUAACAGUCCAGUACAUCGUUAUCCAGAUUACAAAACUACUGCGUAUUUCAGAGCAGUCCGAGUUGUCGGAGAAGAUAACAUUAGAAGAGGUCCCAAUGAUAAGAGUCUUCAACUCGUCAGAGAUGGUAAAAAUUGCUAUCAAGUGCACGAUUAUUCCUACAUUGAUGACUAUUAUAGGCAUACUUUCUUCUAUGGGGGUUCAGGUUGCUAA